GUUUUUUCUAUGGCAGUUGAGCGAAAUAUUGUUAUGGAAAGUAGCGUGUGUCUGCGUUUCUACGCUCUACACCGCUGAGCUUGAGAAUUACUUUCAUAUUUAAAAUGAAAUUGUAAUUUUAUUAUGUAGAGAUCCCGUCUAUAUUAUAUUUAUGCUCCAAAAAUGUCGACAGUGCUUUUGGCCGUAGUUGCUGUGAUCUUGUGUGUACUUUUCCGAAUUUUGAAUGUGAAUAGUCAACCUCAUAAGCCUCUUAUUUAUGGCCGAGAUAAAAAUUUCAUUGAAAAUAUUCUAUUCAUUGCUCCGUUUUUGAAUGAACCUUACAUACCGACACGACUAUGGGGAUUCAGCGGCCACGUGCAGACUAUCCUGCACAGUCUGAUUGGUCGUGUCCGUUGUCCUUGGCCGAUUGGAGCUAGAAUAUCCCUUAUCUUGCCCGAUCGUUCUACUCUCACUUACGAUUUGUAUGAACCAGUCGGUGCUGAACAUGAAGAUGACGUCACAGUGGCAAUCUGUCCCGGCAUCGGCAACACAUCGGAGAGUGUGUACAUACGCACGUACGUGCAUUACUCGCAACGUCACGGGUACAGGUGCGCUGUCUUGAACCACAUUGGCGCACUCAACAGCGUGCCUGUUACGGGAACUCGGAUAUUUUCGUAUGGUCACACAGAUGACUUUAAUUAUAUGAUAGAGAAUCUCAUGGAGCGAUAUCCUAGCACGAAAUUGAUACUAGUCGGCUUCAGUCUCGGCGGAAACUUGAUUACGAAGUACUUGGGCGAGGACAGGAAAAGGCCUACGAAUAUCAUCGGCGGGAUCUCAAUUUGUCAGGGAUAUAAUGCCAUCGAUACAAUGGUGUAUCUGUUGCAAUGGCAGAACUUCCGGCGAUUCUACCUGUACAUAAUGACGGACAACUAUCGCAAUAUCAUAACGCGACACAAGCGGAUGCUGCUCAGCCCCGAGAUGAAGAACAAGUACAAUCUGGACGAGAAAAUGAUCGUGUCUGCGGGUACUUUGCCCGAUUUGGACGAGGCUUAUUCUAGAAAAGUAUACGGGUUUAACUCUGUAGCGGAAUUAUACAAGUGGAGUUCCUCAGCAUUCUACCUCGAGAAAGUGAAAACGCCGAUGAUAUUUAUCAACGCACGCGACGACCCCAUAGUUCCUGAACCACUCUUGCCGAUCGUCAGAGAGUUUGUCAGUUCGCAGGAUAAGAAGAUGUUUCUAGAAUUAGCGCACGGCGGUCACUUGGGUUUCUACGAAGGUGGGCUGCUGUACGCGAACCCUGUGACGUGGCUCGACCGAGCGCUAGUGGGUCUGGUUGGCGGCUUGCUAAUGGCGCACAACAAAUGUUCACCAAAAGAUUCGCUAAUGGCCACCGCAGAAUAUAACGUAUCUGACGACGAACCAGAUCUCAUCAAAUCCGCCACAAUUCUCUACCGCGACCCAUUCGAGAAGCACGCACAAAAAAUAUAAUUGACAUUCCAAAAUUAAAUUUAAAAUUAGAAUGCAUUUUUGUUCCAUCGGCGAAUUCGCGUGGAACAUUCGAGAUUUUUAUAGUUGGGCGUGAUUGAUUGUUGUAAGAUAUUUAUUAAUGAUGGGCUUGAGAGUUUGAAAAAUGUGCCUAAUGGUAUACGUAAGUGUGCCUAGAAAUUUAUCAGAAUGAGAUUUUCGUUGUUUCGUCAGGUAAUGAUACAAAUGUUUUAAGUUUUUAUUUAAAUGUUAUCUGUAAAAAAUUAUUUAAUGUGCACUUAAUUUUAAUGUUGCACAAUAAUCGCUUACACAUAUUAAUUCCAGUACAACUGAUAUAUUUAUUACUGUACGAAAACGAUAAGUAGUUGAUAAAGUAGUUUUUCCUUAUAAUGUGAUAUAUUUGUUUGAUUAAAUUUUAAAUCUGCUUGUUAUAGUAUCUGUGAAUGAAAAAAUGUAUUAUAUUGCAUUUAUCUACUUAUAUAAUUUUACAUAAUAUAACAAUUUUGAUUUAUUAUUCAAAUAGUUAAUAAUUAUACAAUAAAUACAUUAAUAUUUAUUAUAUUAUUACUCAUUUAAAUGUUUUAUGUAAAGGUUACGUUUUUUAUACAGAACCAUAUAUGACACGGUUUUAAUUAUUCUUAAAUGACCAAAGCACUAGAUUCAAAGUAAAAAAAGAACGGGUGAAUUGCUAAUAAACUUCGCAAAUAGUUAUUCAAUUAAGCUAAUAUCAUGUAUGUAAUGUACCUAGAUCAGUUUUACGACUUGUUGAUACAAUUGAUAUUGCCUUGACACUUUUUGAUUUAAAUUUUCAUUUCUUUUUUUUUUUUUACCGUCUGAUUACACCAAAAUAUAUAAAGAAGUUGUGAAAUGCUAUAAAAGGGACAAAUUUAUUGAGUCACGGUUGUGUAUGUUUUAAUAGCAAAACCUAGAUAAAGUGUUCUAUGGAAACUAAUAUGUAGUUAUCCGAGAUUUGGUUUUUAAUGUGAGUCAUGAAAUAGUAUUGGAGACACGUUAUACGGUUGACUCAGUUGUGUAUUACUACAGGCGAAUAAAGGGUUAAAAGAUGAUGCGUUUAUAUGAUUUCAUUUAUAUUUUUUGCCACCUUGCAAAUACAAAUAAGUAAGUUUUUUUUAGCAAGGACAUUGGUAUUUUUCUACAAAAUAAUUGUUAUUCGGAAAGGAAUCGCAUAUAGAUGCAUCGUAUUUCUUUUAAAUUUCCUUUGAAAUGUUCCAACAAUUUUUUAAUUUAUAAAAUUUUAAGCAUUUUUAGUUGUAAAAUUUUAUAAUGCAGUAAGGUUUUUUUAGAGUGAAUUUAAGCUGGUGACCAUAUAUUGACGAAAUAUACGAUGGCGGUUAUAAAAGUCAGUGUUGAAAUUUAAUGUCAAAAUGCGAAUCCUGUUUUCCAAAAUGUUUACUAGUAUAAGUUAUACAUUCCCACCGCUAGUUACAAAUUGGAAACAUAGUUAAUACUGUUUUUAGGCGAGCCAUUGCAUAUUGUAUCUGAUAAUGGAAUGUUAAUUACAUCAUAAGUAAGUCCCUUUUCUGAAUUAUAACGUGUUGAUAGUAAUAUGCCAUCGUUCAUACGAAUGGCCUGCCUAAAACAUGCGUCCAGUAUGUUGUAUAAUUUUGGCCUAGACUGGAUGUUGGUGAUGAAUAUCAAGUGUGCAGUUAUGAGUACAAAUUUGUUCACGUAUGAGAAAACUUUGUUAUAUAGGGUAGAUGUUGCUAAGAUUGUUAAAUUUCUUAACAUCACAGAGUGAUACGACAUCGUCAAAAUAUUGUGUACUUAUAGUAAUGUUGUUACAUGAUAAUUCUUAUGUAUAAUUUACAAUUGAUGAUGGUAGAUGUUAUGUGUUGAUAUGGCAUGGUUGUACAGUAUGAUGAAUAGAUUAUAUGAAAAUUGAAAUAAAGAUACGAAUGAUAUUGUCCAAAGGCUAUCUAUGAAAAGGGAAGCUAAAACGUCGCUUAUAAUUCUACUAUCAUCAAUUAUUAUUCUAAAAUCCAGCUAAAUUUGACUCGAUGUAAUGCUUCGUAAUAACGCUUCUUGCUUUUGUUUAAAUGUGUUUACAACAAUUAUCAGUGUGUAUAUGAAGUACCUACAUAAAAAACUUGUUUCAGACAUAGCUGAGAUAUAUUUUUUAACGUAUGUUAAUGAGUACAGUACCUACACACAGGUGGCUAUGUUGUGUCAUCAAGCACUUUAAUAGUUUUAGCUUUUUAAUAAUUGGAUCAAUAUAUAAUACAGUUUAGAUAUAAUGCAGAAUCUCUGUAUUCAAGUAUCUCAAUAUCUUUAGAUUGUGUCAGUUAUCUGUAAGAAACCACUACCAACUUACUCUAGUUUUUUAUGUAGUUAUGUACUUAGAAAACUAAAAUUUUUGUGAUCUCACGGUUGUCGUGAAACAAGCCUAAGCGUAGUCGAAGACCUACGUGUAGAUAUUUAAUGAAAUGGUAAAUGUAUUAAAAUGUCCAGAUGGUCGUAGAGCGACUAAUGUUUUGAGAGCCUUAAGAUUUGGCCUGUAUAUUAUGUUAUUUAUAGUAAUGUAUUGCGGUCAUCUCGUUGAUUGCGGUUUUCAAUUGAUGUUCAAAAAAAUAAACGAUUAACUUAAUUAA